CUGCAUUUCAUUCAAUCUGAAAGCAGGUAUAGGGCCAAUACCACAACUAUCUAAUAGGCAGAAUAAUUACAGUGUAAACGUGAUGUUUACAUUAGGAGUGUUGAAAAACCUCCCUCCCCGCAAUGCCUGCAUCCGCCAAUGACUGCAGCUAUAGGUCACCGAGAAAGCGACGUGCCAGGUAUGGCUGUUGUAGACUGCGUCUGUCCGGAGGAGGAGAGCUGGAGAGGAGACUGAGUAGAGCCUCGGUAAUAAGAGAUCAGACAAACACAGCAAGCAGCAUGCCGUUUGGGAUGGUAACGCUUCCCACUGUCCGCUACCAUCAUCACUAAGCACUGAACAAAUCUACAAAGCGGAGGGUAAUGAUGACAUCACAAAUUCAGACUGAUACAGUGUGAUCCAUCAUUCCUGGCCUGACAUUGACAUGGCAACAGGCAGGAAGGGGUCGACCUCAAAGGGAGGAAGCGUGCGUUUCCCUGACGACGAGGAUGCCAUGGGCUCCCCUGUUCACCGUGAGGACAAAGCCAAGGAUUCUUCCAUCCCUGCUCUCCCAGAGCCUGAUGGGAACUUCCUGGUUAAGGUAGGGUUCCUGAGGAGUCUGCAUCGUUAUGAGAUCGUCUUCACCCUCCCAGAGGUGCCUGUGCUGGGGAAAGAUGUGUGCUCCCUCCCUUCCUCCUCAUCACCGACUCCCAGACCCCUCCUCAAAGUCAACCGUGUCACACCCACACCAGAGGGUGGGGUGAAGGUGACGUGUGAGUACACCACCCAUCAGGAGGGGGUGCUGCAGGAGGAGCUGACCCUGAUCAGCCGGGGGAAGAAGGACCAACGUCUGCGGGUCAGACUACAGGCCCGGGUCAUGGAUCGUCACCAUGGUACUCCUAUGCUGCUGGAGGGGGUGCGGUGUCUGGGGGCGGAGAAAGAAAAAAGGAAAUGAGCCGUCUGUCCCUUUAUAUCUUUCCCCUCCUGUAGAGACCAGCCAUCAUCCAUCCCUUUAUAUCAUCCCCUACUGUAGAGACCAGCCAUCAUGUAUCCCUUUAUAUCUUCCCCCUCCUGUAGAGACCAGCCAUCGUCCGUCUCUUUAUAUCUUCCCCCUCCUGUAGAGACCAGCCAUCAUCCGUCCCUUUAUAUCUUCCCCCUCCUGUAGAGACCAGCCAUCAUCCGUCACUUUAUAUCUUCCCCCUCCUGUAGAGACCAGCCAUCAUCCGUCACUUUAUAUCUUCCCCCUCCUGUAGAGACCAGCCAUCAUCCGUCACUUUAUAUCUUCCCCCUCCUGUAGAGACCAGACAUCAUCCGUCCCUUUAUAUCUUCCCCCUCCUGUAGAGACCAGCCAUCAUCCGUCACUUUAUAUCUUACUCCUCCUGUAGAGACCAGCCAUCAUCCGUUCAUUUAUAUCUUCCCCCUCCUGUAGAGACCAGCUGUCGUAGUGGAACAAAACCAGCACUUACCUGCACUUAGCCACACACAUGCAUGCACCCGUAGUGGCACACACACACCUGAGGAGGCUGAUGGGAGGUGCUAUAGGGACGGCUUAGUGUAAAGACUGGAAUGGAACAUGUGGAACGGUAUCAAACAUAUAGAAACCACGUUUGACUCCGUUCCAUGAAUUCCAUUCCAGCCAUUACAAUGAGCCCAUCCUCCUAUAGCUCCUCCCACCAGCCUCCUCUGACACACAAACACACACACACACAAACUGUUUUUUUUUGUGAUUAGCCCUGUAAUGAAGACCAAGGUGUCCAUGAUCACUUAUAGUUCCCCAAAUGUAAAAUGACACAUUGCUCAGUGAGGGAGGCAAUGUGUUUCCAACAUCCACUGUAGGUCCAUUAUAUAACCAGGCACUGCAGCUCUUUGCUUCUCGUCCCUUCUGUCGUUCUGCAACAAGAGCCAAGCGUCAACCAGCCUUAAACGAUCAGAAAUAAUAUUUACAUUUUAAUUAUGCACGUCAAUAUAACCUGUCAUUGUAUUAUGAUUUACACUGAGUGGACAAAACAGUAAGAACACCUUCCUAAUAUUGAGUUGCACCCCCCCCAUUCACCCUCUGAAUGUCACACAUACACAAUCCAUGUCUCAAUUCUCUCAAGGCUUAAAAAUCCUUCUUUUUAGCCUGUCUCCUCCCCUUCAUGUACACCGAUUUGAAGUGUAUUUAACAGGUGACAUCAAUAAGGGAUCAUAGAUUUCACUUGGAUUCACCUGUUCAGUCUGUCAAGGAAAGAGCAGGUGUUCUUAAUGCUUUGUCCACUCGUUGUACAGUAUGUGUUCUGUGUGAGCGCCACCUUUCACCAACUAUGUAAGAGUAUGCCUUUUAGUCUAUGUGUCCUGCAAAACUGUCUCUGUAUUGUACUAGAUUCUCCUAUAUCUCUGUCAGUAAAUAAAAUAUCAUGUCAACUGUUAA